AUGUCGGAUCCAAUACCAAAUGACACAGAAGCUGUUACAUUUGCGGUAACUGAGGAACAAGGGAAGACGGUUCUUCUGCUCUUAUUAAUUCAAAGCACAGCAUCAUUGAUUGCAACUACAUUCGGAAUUUCAUUGUUUUUUUCUAUAAGAUAUAAAUACCCCCGAUUAGUCAACAGAGUUACGUUUCGACUUGCUAUUGCUACAAUGAUCUCAGACUUUGGUGUUGGUGUAUCCCAAUUAAUCGGUUCAACCCUUGCAUCUCCCACCGGCCCAUCAUGUACAAUUGCUAUCUGGGGAACUGUAUUUUUUAGUCUUAUGUCAAUUUUUUUCCCUGCUUGUAUUGCUCUGAAUCUACAAAUCAUGUUCAUUCAUGAGUACAGAGGUAGACUAUUGUCUAAUUCCCUGUGGAUAUCAGCUUCUCUUGAAACUACUUGUGCUUCAACAAAAGGUGGUCUUGUAAAUUCCAAAUUAUCUUCUAAAUUAGAGAUAAAUUCUUCCUUAAAUCCACUUCAAAAUGAAAACGAGGAUCUUGUUAGGAAAACUGAAGCAUGCACAAGGACUCAAGGCAUGAACCUGUUAAAGCUGUGA